AUGGGUUCUUUCCAAGGUCAGACAAUUGUAGUGACGGGAGGGAAUUCGGGGAUUGGCUUGGGAACAGUCUUGGUGCUUGUGGAAAGAGGUGCCACAGUAUGGACGUGUGACAUUGGGAACGAAGCAUCAGACGAACUUCGACUGCACAUUGAUAACGGGAAGGUACAUUUUCGAGGUGGUGUGGACGUAUCAAGUCGAGAGGCAAGCACCAAGUUUAUGGAUGAAGUUGUCCAGACUAGUGGCCGAUUGGAUGGUUUGUUCAACAACGCUGGGAUCGGGCUCUAUGAAGGAGAGAUUGCUUCGGAUGAGAACUUCAGUCGAAUGUUUGAAGUCAACGUCCGGGGAACGUGGAACUUUGCAACAUAUGCGUUUCGAGUGAUGCAGAAGCAAGAACCCCGGGGCAAAUGGCAAUCGCGGGGAAACAUUGUCAACAACUCGAGUCAAGCGGGCAUCAAGGGAUUUCAAGCAAUUGCAGCUUACUGUGGCACUAAACAUGCUGUGAUUGGGCUGACAAGAGCCUGGGGAGUCGAGUUUGCACCAUAUGGGAUCCGAGUGAAUGCUGUUGCUCCAGGGGUGAUUCAGACACCGGCCCUGACGGCACGGAUACGAGAUGAACCUGGAUGGGUCGACACGAUACCCAAGAUCCCUCAAGGAAGGUUCGGUGAGACCGAGGAGGUGGGAAGCACGGUAGCAUUCCUUCUGGGAGACGAUUCCAGCCAUAUCACAAGCCAGGUGAUUCCAAUUUCUGGUGGGAUAACACCGCAUUGAUAAAUCUAGCGCAACUCAGUGACACCAAGACCGAGGUAGAAAGUAAGCGAGGGAUGUUGCGCUGGUUGUUAUCUUGGUUCAAGGGAUCAAGGGAUUCGACCACGAAGCGAAGAGGUCGAGAAGCCUGAGGAUUGGUGCAACUAUGCUUAUGCCUAAUUGAGGUAACUCAAAGUACC